AUGUCUUCUACUAUCGUUGAAUAUCUCACGACCAAAAGACCAGGGAGUGGUAUUCUUGAUCAGCCAUACACCAGUCUCUACAAUGUUACUGCUACGGAUCCUGCCUGGGAUGUUUGGAGAAGCAUCCGUGGACCUCUGUAUCAGUUGAUCGCAUCUGUGCUGGACAGGAACUGCAGGUUCAUAGCCCUCGACAUGAUGAAACACAUUGGACAAGAUCCCCAUCUUGCAGACACCACUCUCGUCGUCCUUUUCCCUUCCGCCGCCACUGCUGAGCACUGGCUCGCGUUGGAGAUUGCUAUCACAAACCUCGUCCAGGAAAAAGCCGAAGACUACGGCUAUCACGAGCCGAUCAGGGUGCUUUUUCAUUACUCAGACAAACCUCUAGAGACACUCUACCGAGCCAAGCGAUUCCUUGAUGAAACUAUUGGUAUUGCGUACGACCCAGCAUGGCUAUGA